AUGCUGAACGACAUUAAGGUAGAGGACCGUCUGCGGAGCGAUGCGGGCUCUCUGGAUGAGAUGAUCGGCGGUGACUGUCUCCGGCGGGCCGUGUGCGAGGGCUGCACGCGGGUCAUCUCGGACCGCUUCCUGAUGCGGGUCAACGGGGCAUCCUGGCACGAGGACUGCCUGCAGUGCGCCGCGUGCCAGCGGCCGCUCACCGCCACCUGCUACGUCAGAGACACGAGGCUCUACUGCAGGACCGACUACCAGCAGUUGUUUGCCACCAAAUGCAGCGGCUGUCUUGAGAGGAUAGCCCCCACAGAGUUGGUAAUGCGAGCUCUGGAGAGUGUUUACCAUCUCGGCUGCUUCUGCUGCUGCGUCUGUGAUCGCCAGCUGUGCAAAGGAGAUGAGUUUGUUCUGAAAGAGGGUCAGCUGCUUUGCAAGACUGACUAUGAGAGGGAGAGGGACCUGCUCAGGACAGUCAGUCCAGACCACUCGGACUCAGAUAAGAGUGAGGAUGAGGAUCUGGAUGUGAAGUCAGAGAAGUGCCCUGCCGCAGGAAAAGGCAGCAUGGACAGCAAAGACCCUCGUCGGCCGAAACGGCCACGCACUAUUCUCAACACUCAGCAAAGGAGAGCCUUCAAGGCCUCCUUCGAGGUGUCCUCCAAACCCUGCAGAAAGGUGAGAGAGACCCUGGCUGCAGAGACAGGACUCACUGUACGGGUGGUCCAGGUCUGGUUUCAGAACCAGAGAGCAAAGAUGAAGAAGUUAGCCCGCAGACAACAGCAACAGCAGGAGCAGCACAACAGCCAAAGGCUCAGCCAAGAGGUGAUGUCGGGUUCUAUGGAAGGCCUGCUCAGCUCCUACUCAGGACAUCUACCUCAAAACCAGCAGCAACAGUUUGUUUCCAUGGAGCACAGCGGCUACAACACUGACCCCUUCCAGCAGGGCCUCACGCCACCACAGAUGCCGGGUGACCACAUGAACCCCUACGGCACCGACAUCAUCUUCCAUGACAUGGACAGUGACACCUCUCUGACAAGUCUGAGUGACUGCUUCAUGGCCACUCCAGACGUAGGUUCCUUGCAUGCUCAAGCGGGGAACCCAAUAGACCGCCUGUACUCCAUGCAGAGCUCCUACUUUUCCUCUUGA